AUGAAAUCUGUUCCUUUCACAAGAGAGAUUUCUCUUUCUUCUUUAUACCAGGCGGUGGAUGCUCUCUCUAUGGACUUGUUGCGAUGGAUUCUUGUGUUUGAUCAUGUGAAGAGCAUAACGGUGACAACAGCUUUGCAACAUCCGUAUAUGGCGGGUUUGUUUGAUCCGAUCCAAAACCCAGGUGGCCAUCAUAGAAAUUGGAACCGAGAGGAAGCGAUAAUCUAUGGUGAGAGUUUGGAAGAGUGCAAAACUUUUGGUUUAGAAACGAAGGUGGUUUGGGGAGAUGAUUUGUGA